AUGUCACGACGAGGGCCAUACAAAAGGUAUUUGAGCGACACCGAUGCCGACGUCCCAAAAGAAACCCAUAGGAGGAGAAAAAAGGAAGAUGUCAAUGAAAUGAUUUGUAAUUAUCUGUUGUCUGUAACUGUUUUUAUGCUACACCAGAGAGACUUGGACAGCCCCUCUGAUGAUGGGGCAGAAGACACAAGGAGAGACCAUAAUGAUAUGGAGAGAGACAUGGACAGCCCUUCUGAUGAUGGGGCAGAAGACACAAGGAGAGACCAUAAUGAUGAUGAGAGAGACAUGGACAGCCCUUCUGAUGAUGGGGCAGAAGACACAAGGAGAGACCAUAAUGAUAUGGAGAGAGACAUGGACAGCCCUUCUGAUGAUGGGGCAGAAGACACAAGGAGAGACCAUAAUGAUAUGGAGGACAUUUUUCGUCUGGAUGGCAGUGCUGACCCAAUUUAUCCUGGGAGUGCUGUCACCAAAGGCCAAACCAUUCUCAUGCUGUUGGUCUUCAUCCUGCGUCACAGAUUAAGCAGAGAAAGUCUUGUUGAUCUCCUUACAUUGCUGGACAUUUUGUUUCCUGGUACAUUGCCCGCCACCAAAUUUCUUUUUGACAAAUGUUUUGUGUCAAUCGAAAUUCGUUUUGAAAUCCAUUUCUAUUGUGAGUCCUGUCAUGAGUAUGUCUGUAAGGACAGAUUCUAUGUGGACAGCCUAUUGAAGGUGGCGUCAUCAAAGAAGGCUAUAAGGAACUUUGUUUCAAUAGAGGAGGUAAAACGCAGGGCAGAGGGGCCAGAGAGGUUCUCGGCAUACCUCAUGGUCACAUACAUGAGGAGGGCAAAAGCCAAGAAAAGAGAGCUAGAGAGGGAGCUGAAGGAGGCAGGAGUCAGGCUGUCUCCAUACAGCUGUAACACCUCUCUCUGCAGCAAGCUGGUGGAAGAGGACUGCAAAGGGCUGGGGAGGGACCUGGCCUUCCUUACAAAGAACAUUCCCUUCCAAUUGAUUGGCCAGGAGCUGCAGAAGGAAGGCUGUGCCCCCGAGGAUGACCUUCGGCCCUCGCUGGAUAUUAUUGAGGAGGUUUUGCAUAGAAACAUCAAGAAAUAUUCAUUGCUGACCCACACCCUGGGGCCAGACGUCAUUCAUGUCGUGUGUGACAUAAUCCGCCAGGCCCUGUCCAAUAUGUAA